CAGUUUAACAUGGCGGUCGUGGUUGCUGUUUUUAUCAGGCCACAGGACGUACAUAAACAUUGCGAAGAUGGAGGGCGUUUAAAAUCUCGGUAAAGUAAGGAAGGCACAGAAACGUAAGGUACCCAGUGGGCUCUGCCCCUCCUCCCUGUUGAUCUAUUGCUACAGUCUGCCAAGGUGGAGCCAAGGCAGUAGGUGUUGAUCCCUAGGCAGCAACAAACAUGCAGGAGCCCCAGAGCCCAAGGAAAAUGGCUAAGCUCUUGCGCAGUGAGGCCAGAGCGGGCAAGGCCAUAGCAUCCAAGAAUGCGAAGGAGGCUUUGGCACCAAAGGACUGUGUUAAGACUCCGGGCUGGAGCAACAAUGAUAUCAAAAACAGACCCCCAGAUGAACCCAAAGACCCCGGGAGCCUGAGGAGCCCAGGUGCGACCUCACAGGAGCAGGGCCAUGGGAAGUUUCGGAGACUGACUGGCAGGUCCAGCCCGGGAGAGAAGGGGAAAGGGGGAAAGCCGCAGCAGCAGCAGGCACAGGGAUCGAAUGCUGGGAAGAAUCCGCCUCCCUCUGGAACAGAAAAUCUCGGUACAACUAAGGGCCCUGCUCAGCUCCUCCAGCUGAGUGUGGAGGAGAAUAAGAGCACCAAGGACACUUACGAUAAAGAAGAUAAAACACGGAGUGAGGAUGCUGCAGGCCAGUUGGCAGAGACACCCUCCCUGGAGAAGCCAGUCGGUGCUGUUGAAGUGAUUGAUGAGUCUAAUCUGACCACUGAGCAGCAGCUGGGGCUGAAACAAGCAGAGGAGAGACUUGUGCGGGAUUACAUUCACCGGCUGCUCAAGCGCUUGCCAGAGUAUCCCAACUUCCAGUACCUAUGCAAAUUGUGCUCAGUGCACAUUGAGAACAUCCAGGCAGCACACAAACACAUCAAGGAAAAACGGCACAAGAAAAACAUCAUGGAGAAGCAAGAGGAGAACGAGCUGCGGGCUCUGCCUCCACCGUCGCCCUCCCAGCUCCAGGCAGUCAACGCUGCUGUGCUGGAGGCAGCCAAGCAGCAGGGCAUCUCUCAGGAGGACCACGCUGUGCGGCAGGGUGUCGUCCUCACGAUGGAGGAGAUCAUCAAGCAACAACUGUCCGCCUGUUCCCUCCGACUCUACGGCUCAUGUCUCACCAGGUUUGCCUUCAAGACCAGUGAUGUCAAUAUUGAUGUCAUGUUUCCAUCCAAUAUGACUCAACCAGAUGUUUUAAUACAAGUACUGGAAAUCCUUAAAAGUAGCACUCAAUACACUGAUGUUGAGUCAGAUUUUCAUGCCAAAGUUCCUGUUGUGUUUUGCCGAGAUGUUAGCAGUGGUUUGAUGUGCAAAGUGAGUGCCGGCAAUGAUGUAGCCUGUCUGACUACUAACCUCCUGGCUGCCCUGGCCAAGCUGGAGCCCAGGCUAGUUCCACUGGUCCUGGCUUUUCGCUACUGGGCGAGGCUGUGUCACAUUGACUGCCAGGCUGAGGGCGGAAUCCCCUCUUACUCAUUCGCCCUCAUGGUCAUCUUCUUCCUCCAGCAGAGGAAGGAGCCCAUCCUCCCCGUCUACCUGGGCUCGUGGAUGGAGGGCUUUGAUAUGAAGCAGGUGGACGAGUACCACCUGAAGGGCAUUGAGAAGGACAGGUUUGUGCUGUGGGAGCACCGGCCGUCCACCAGUGGGGAGAGUAAGAAUGCCGGCAAAGCCAAAGCAGAGCAGAAGAAAUCGGCUGCCAAGAAGCCCGAGACCUUGGAUUCCAAUGGCUGGCAAGGAAAACCCAAGAGCGGCAGGAUACCGCUCACUUUGGAGUCCAGGCCGGAGGUGUCUCUGGGGCAGCUGUGGCUGGAGCUCUUGCGCUUCUACACUUUGGAAUUUGCCCUAGAAGAGCACAUCAUCAGCAUUCGCCUGCAAGAACUGCUGUCCCGUGAGAUCAAGAACUGGCCCAAGAGGAGACUGGCCAUUGAGGAUCCUUUUGCACUGAAGAGGAAUGUGGCACGGAGCCUUAACAGCCAGAUGGUUUUUGAGUACAUUCUGGAGCGAUUCCGCACAGCCUAUAAAUACUUUGCUUGUCCACAAAGCCGGGACGACACCACAAAGGGACAAGAAAGGGGCGGUAGGUGGGAGAAGCCAAGAGCUAAGGGGACUAGCAGGCAGCCGCAGGCUGGGACUCGGAGCAAGGGAGGAACACCAGACAACAAAGAGGGCAAAGGGACUGAGCCGAGGCUCCGGGAGAUGGAAGAGGAGGAAGACACAGAUGAUGAAGAGGACGAGGAGGGGGUGCUAAGUGACGAGGACUACACUCCAGAGGGAGUUUUGCUGCCCGAGAGCUUUAUGGACUUGGACUUGACCGACAGGGAGGAAGGCCUGUCCGAAACAACCCAGGGCAAUUUUGCACAGACAACAGCUCCCAGGUUGAAGGGGAAAGCUGGUAGCCGCGGGGGGGAUGGGGUCAGGUCGUUGCGCUCGGACCUAGCGGGCAGCCCCGAGGACGGGCCUGCAGGAGAAAGUGGCGUAGCUCCUCUUCGGGAGCACGGCCAGGAAGGCUACCUGGCUGGCGGCUCCUUAUCUACCUCGCUUAACGGGUCAGCUGAGAACGGGCUGCUUGAGAGCGAUGAGGAGGAGAGAGACGACAAGGGAGAGACGCCAAAUGUCCCUGAAGAUUUAUACUACGUCUUUGAUAGAAUAAUCUUCACAGGAGGAAAGCCACCCACAGUGGUCUGCAGCAUCUGUAAGCGGGACGGACACUUGAAAGAUGAGUGUCCCGAAGACUUCAAGAAGAUCGAUCUGAAGCCUUUGCCGCCCAUGACGGCCAGGUUUCGGGAAAUCCUGGACGGGCUCUGCAGAAUGUGUUAUAAUGAAUUGUCCCCGCGGCUGGAGGAGCAACAGAAGAGAGAACACAUCCUAGCUAGCCUGGAGAGGUUCAUACGUAAGGAGUACAAUGACAAGGCCCGGCUGUGUCUCUUUGGCUCCUCUAAGAAUGGAUUUGGUUUCCGUGACAGUGACCUGGACAUCUGCAUGACACUGGAAGGUCACGAUACAGCAGAGAAGCUGAACAGUAAAGAAAUUAUUGAAGGUUUAGCAAAGGUUUUAAAGAAGCAUGCAGGUCUAAGAAACAUCUUGCCUAUCACAACAGCUAAAGUGCCUAUAGUCAAAUUUGAACACAGACAAAGUGGACUAGAAGGAGAUAUAAGCUUGUACAAUACACUGGCACAACAUAACACCAGAAUGCUGGCUACAUAUGCUGCUAUUGACCCUCGAGUGCAAUAUUUGGGAUAUACCAUGAAAGUGUUUGCAAAGCGCUGCGAUAUUGGCGAUGCCUCAAGGGGGAGUCUGUCCUCCUAUGCCUAUAUCCUCAUGGUACUUUAUUUCCUGCAGCAGAGGAAUCCCCCUGUGAUCCCAGUCCUACAGGAGAUAUUUGAUGGUAACAAUGUCCCUCAGAGGAUGGUAGAUGGCUGGAAUGCUUUCUUCUUUGAUGAUAUUGAGGAGCUGAAGAAGCGCCUGCCUGAUCUGGGACAGAACUCAGAGUCGGUGGGGGAACUGUGGCUGGGUCUGCUGCGCUUCUACACCGAGGAGUUCGACUUCAAGGAGUAUGUCAUCAGCAUCCGGCAGAAGAAGCUGCUGACUACCUUCGAGAAGCAGUGGACGUCCAAAUGCAUAGCCAUUGAAGAUCCAUUUGACUUGAAUCAUAAUCUUGGUGCUGGAGUUUCUCGGAAAAUGACUAACUUCAUCAUGAAGGCUUUUAUCAAUGGAAGGAAGCUAUUUGGUACCCCGUUCUACCCUCAACCUGGGAUGGAAGCGGAUUACUUCUUUGACUCCAAGGUGCUCACCGAUGGGGAACUGGCUCCCAAUGACAGGUGCUGUCGUAUUUGUGGAAAAAUUGGCCACUAUAUGAAGGACUGCCCCAAAAGACGCAGGAUGAAGAAGAAGGAAAAUGAGAAGGACGAUGAUGUGAAGGAGGAAGAGCGCGAGCCCAGGGAAAGACGUUGUUUCCAGUGUGGGGACACGGGCCACGUGCGCAGGGACUGUCCUGAAUACCGUCAGCUGCGCCAGAGGAGCGCAGCAGGGCCAGUCCCUCAGAUGAUGCGGACUAUGGCGACUUCCCAGUCAAUUCCUGUGCCUCAGCCAGUGGCGGCGUCCCAGGAUCGGCCUGGCAGAACUCGGCAGUCCUCUGAGUGUUCAGAGACACGUCAGACGCCUCCCUACUCUCCACAGCCCACACCCUUCAGCCAGUGUACCUCCCAGCCCGCCUGCUCCCCUCAGUCCCAAGCUGGGGGGGGCUCCUCCCAAGCUAAGGCCCCGGGGCCUCCCAAGCAGCACCCGCAGGUCCAGCUCCCGCUGUUCAGCUUCCAUCCCUCGCACGCGGGACAGUACCACCCCGGGCUGCCGGCUCUGGGGCUCCUUCAGUCCCACCAGCAGCAGCACCACCCCGUGCCCAUCCCCUCCACGUCCUGGCCCAUCCACGGGCCGGUGCUCCAGGCCUCUGCCGCGGCGGGCCACCCCUCUCCCCCCGGGCUCAGUUUCUCCCUUCGCUCCACCCCCUCUAAUGGCAGCAGCGGCUCCCCCAGUAACACCAGCCCCAUGAGCCUCAACGACCCCAGCAUCAUUUUCGCCCAGCCGGCAGGCAGGCCACUGGGCCUCCCCCCCGGGGCAGGACGUGAGGGGCCCUGGCACAACCACCUCAGCCCGGGAGCACUGGUGGGGAAUGGCACCAUGGGGAAGUCAGACCAGGGUUUUCAGGGACAGUUUGGCAAAGCGACUCAGGGCUCUCUGCCCUGGGACCACAGCAAUCCUGGUCACUACUCACUCUCUGCCUCAUGGCCUUAUCGGAUGCCUCAGAGCUUCCUGCAGCAGGGAAACGGAGGUUUCCAACAGAACAAACCUUUCAUAACACAAGGUACAGUGAUGCACAGCAACCAGCAUUUCCCACUGUUGCAACAUCGGCGGCAUCAUGCAAAUCUCAACUACAUCCAACAGAAGAAGUAAAGCCCCUUUUAUUUUUCUCAGAAGUCCGUUCACGGUCUUACCUUUUAAAGAAAAUAUAUUUUAUCUUUGCAUUUGCAUUUGGUCACGAGACUGUUUCUAAAAAAAUAUUGUAUCAUUUUUGUACAUAAGUUUUUACUUUUUUGUGUCAUCACAUUGAUUUGUGAUACAAAUGUCAAAUAUUUUAAUGCCCCCAUUUUUGAAGGGGUCCAAAAAUGAUUUUAUUUUAUGUGUAAAAGAAGGUUUUAAAAUGUAUUUACUUUUUAUUAGCUGUGUUCAUACUUCGCUUGCUGAAGGACAGUUUUUGAAAAGGAAUUUGUUUUAAAAACAUCGCCCUUAUUCAGAUAAUUAUGUAGUGCCAAAAAAUAAAUGUCCUUAACACAGACAAGAAAAAUCUGAAAAAUAAAAAAGCAAAUGAUCGAAAUUGUUCCACGAUUUUUUUGUUCAUGCCAAGUUUGUAAUCCUAGCUUACAAAAGGCAUAAUUGCAUAAAAUACAUUUGACUGCUUCA